GUAACUGACCAAUGGCAUUCGCAUUGUUUUUUAUCCGCGUAUUUUGUUUUUGUUUUCCAAAAGAAAUAUGAAAUUAAUAAUUGUAUUUUUCAAAUAAUGACAGGCUGUAAUUUGUAAGCUUCAUAAUUCGUAAUUAUUGUAGAUGAUUAUCAGUUCACUUUCUUUAAUGGAGACUGUGACAGAAUUAGAAACUUCAUUGCAAACUACAAUUAAUUUGUCAUCUAGCGAAGCAGACGAUAAAGAUGUAACAUUUCAGCCUUUGAAAAAAAAAGCAUCCGGUAAAUCGAAAUCGACGAUCACUAAAGUUCCUAAAAAAGUUCAGAGGCGUGGGCGUAAGGGCUUUGAUAGAAUUUCAAAAAAUCUUGCAAAGCGGUAUGAUGAUUUAUAUGGAGUUGAUGAGUUCACUGAAGAUGAUGAACCAAAAUUUUCAACUAAUACAAAUGAAGCAACACAUCUUUUGCCAGUGGUGGAAGUAUUAGACAAGUACAAUUUCCAAUAUGAAAUUAAGCCUGAUGUAAGUAAACAACAUGAUGAUAUUUAUUUACAAGACCAAUACAUGAAUAAAUUUUUCAAAUAUUAUCCAGAAUUCAUUUGUGUGGACUUACUUUGCGAGAUAGUAAAUUUAGAAUUGAACUUGUAUCUGAUUUUAAGUGCAGAUUCCAAUGGCCAUUGUGAAAUAAUUGCUGCUGGUUUAUUUAAAUCAUGUGAAUCUGGUUUAGAAUGGUUUUGUGAUGUUUUCAAGAAACAUAACUUGAAUUGGCGGAAAAUAAGAGUUAUUAUGUCCGAUAAAAAAGCUAGAAAUAAUGAAAUUUUGAAAGGCCUUUUCCCAGAAAAAUUAGUUUUUAUAUCGUUUUUUCAUUCAAUGAAAGCAUUGAAAAAAGAUCUCUUAAAUCUUGAUUGUAAAAUGACCGACGAAGAUAUUAAUAAAGUUGUUAAAAUUUUUGAACAAAUGAUAUUUUCAUAUGAUGAAUCAAAUUAUUCAGAGUUGCUGAAACAGCUGAAAUCCAUGCCACCUGCUGUCAGCACUUAUUUUCGGAAAACUUGGCAUCAGAAAAAAGAUUCAUGGGUAUUAAAUAAUCAACUGUACUCUAAAAUAUUUUUGAAAUCUUUUAACUUUUAUUUGAAUGUGAUGAGAAAGGUUAUUAGACCUGUUAUUAGCACUCUCAAUUCUGUUGAAAGCGUCAUAAAAUCUCUUUGUUUUAGCAUUGAAAAAAUGAGAUUGAAAAGAUUCAAAAACUUCACAGCAAUAUUUUCUCAACCUUCAGCCCAUCAACAAGCUAUUACCUAUAAAUAUUUAAAAGUGUUAACUGCCUAUGCAGUUGAACUUGUUUCUGAACAAAUUAAUUUUUCUUUAGAAGUGAAAAACCUUAAAAAGUUGGGCUCUGGUAAAUACAUUUGUUCAUCCGAAGAUAUUGUUACAAUUAAUACAUGUUCUUGCAGCUUUUUUCAGUUGCUCCUUUUGCCAUGCUCUCAUAUUUUCAGCUUAAGAAGAUUACUUUCAUUACCAUUGUAUGUUGAAUCUAUAUGCUCAAUACGUUGGAUUUCUUCAACUUAUCAAAGAACAUACUGUGAUCUGCAAAAUAUUUUUUCAAUAAAUUUUGAAAAAACCUAUCCUGAAAAACCACUUCAUUUUGACAGUUUCCAAAGAUGCUUUAAAAUUAGUGCUGAUUUGUGGCCAUUGCUGGUAUUGUGUCCUGAAAAUGUUUCUCGAGAUCAUAUCUUAAUGUUUCAAACUAUCUUAAGAGCCUGGAAGAAUGGUUUAAAAGUUAGUAUUAAAACAGAUGUACAAAAAGAAACCACAAAUAAUUCCAUCAUUGAUUCAUCGAAUGAUAAUUGGAAGGAAUUGUAUGGUAUUUCUUUAAAAGAUAUUUUGGAUUCUGAUAAUGAUUUUUCUGUUUUACCAUUAAAUUUAUAGUAAAGUCAAUGUUUAUUUUAGAAAAUUUCAAAUUUCGUGGAGAUUUUUGUUAUACUUUGUUCCUCUUUAAUUUUGCCGCACUAUAAAAUGUACAGUCUUCAUCCUCAGCCAUUGUUAUGAAAAUCUGUAGUGUGCCUAUUUAACAUAGUUCACAACCAAAAAAAAAAUUUAAAUGAUGUUUUGUCUUUAAGUUUGUUUCAUUUUACAUAUUUAUAAAUUAAAAAUAUAUUUAUUGCAGAAAAGCUUGUAAAUUUAAUUAAUAAAAUUUUUAAUUCUUUUGAUGUACAUUUACAACUUUAUGCACAUUUAGAUAUUUUAAAUUUAUAAAUAACCUAGAACUGUUUCUGAAAGCGUGCUGUUAAAUUUCUUGUCUUUUACAAUGCUGCGAAGUUUAGUUGGAACAAAGUACAAUUGCAUUUACUGUUAUAAAUUAAAUUUUUAUGAUAUUUGAUAUGAAUUUAUUAUAUAUUAUAAAUGUAUGUAAUAUAUAUUUAAGUAUUUACAAAAAUAUUAUAUAACUUGUUACUAUAGUUUAUUUUUACAUUUUUAUUAAACGUUAGAGCAAGUAACUCUGAGUAGUUAUUUCCUUGCAAAAAGACAACUAUUAUUUCUGUAAGGGAAUUUUUUUAAAUGCCUUACAAAAGGGCUGUAAAAUAUUUUUGUUAAUUAUGAAAAGCAAAUUACAUAUACUUUUGAAUUUUGAAUCUGGACAGAAUAAAAUUUUUAUUUUGAAUGACUACAUUAGAAUUGUUUUUGUUUGAAAACAAAUUAUCAGUGUUAGGUUUGAGUACUAAUUGUUGAGAUUAAUGUCUUAUUUAAAUUAAGCUUAGUUUCUGUUUAGGAUAAUGUAAGAUUUUCAUUCUUUAUUAUUUUUUUAAUUCAUUCAGAAUUCAUAAUUUUUUAUGUAAUUCUGGAUUAUAAGCUAAAAUUUAUUAUUUGUGAUAUUUAAGUAUUGAAAUUGUCUUGUAACAAAAUGUGUGUUUAUUUUCUAGAAUUUAUUAUGUUAAAUAUAUUUCUAAUGAUCUUUUUUAAUUAUUUUAUGAAGACUUAAUCUAAGUAUUGAUUUUUUGAUUGAAUGAUUGAAAAUGUUAGUUUCUUUUUGAUAUAGUUUCACUAAAACAAGAGAUUAAAUUUUAUAUUUAUGAUGUAAUUUUUUAUUUAUUUUUAAUUUCACUGCCUUUAAAUAAGUUCUCUAGAGCAAAAGCAUUUUUUAAUAAAGAAAGGUUAUGUAUAUAUAUUAUAUUAUGUAUAUAUAUAAUAUUAUGUAAAAUGAUUAAUUAAAGAUACACUUAGUUGUUACUUUUAAUUAAAAAAAAUUACCAUCUUUUAUGUUUUAUUGACUUUGAUAAUGUGACAUGUAUAUUCUAUUAAAUAGUACUAUGCCAACUUACAGGUUUCUUUAAAAUGUUUGAUGAAAAUAUACUUAGCAAUAAUUUUUCUCAUGCUAUUUUUAUAGAUUUCAGUGUUUUUUUAUUAGAAAAAAAAGCUUUUGAUUUCAUUUUUUAGUUAAUUAACAUAUUUUUGAUAGAGGGAUUAUUUUGGCAAUCAACGCAUUUAAUUGAUUUUUUCCAAUUUUUUUAUCAAUGUUUUUGUGUUAAAUCAAGAUUUUUGCUGCACAUUGUGCUUGACUUUUUAAACCUUUAUUUUUGAAGAAUAGGGAAAUCCCAUUUAUAAUCUCACAAUUGUAUAAUAUGACACAUACCUCAAUGACACUGAAGUGUAUCGAGGCAAAGUUUGUUUUUUUUAAUCUGUAGAACUUUAAUUUCUUGAAAAUAGGAAAAGCAAUGAUCUUAUUCAAGCCUUUCAGAACUUUACCAUUAUAUUAAUUAUAAAUUUGAAAAUUUCAGAAAUAAAUUCUGAUGCUUUUAAA